AUGGAUCAAUCUAUAGAAGAUGUCAAGACUCUGACUAUUAGGGUGAUCGACCAUAUGUGUAAAAUCCCCUCAGACCAAGGAUAUAGUUCAAAUGAGUUCAAAUCAAUCAUUCACCUUUUCGACAGGAGUUUUUUUGCCAUCGAGAAUUCUAGAAACGUAGUGGAAGAUUAUCGCCUUUGGAUAGCUACAAAAGUGUUAUCUAGCGGUGAAUACCCCUACCGUCUUACUCAGAUCUUUAAAAACUUGGGAGAAUAUUCCUUCGGAUCUCUGAGUGUUGGGAAAGAAUCCUACAAUGAACAGUACAUUGAAUUGCUAUCAUCAUUUCAGUUGACUCUGUGCAAUUAUCUUGAACUAAGUGAAUUACUGGCAGAGAAAAUGUCAAUGCAAGAUGCUUAUUUGAAGGAAAUAUAUCGUAUCCAUCAAGCCAUAUUGUCAUACGACGGAAUUUGUGCUGAAGAAAAGAAAAUCACGUUGGUGGUAGAAAUAAUUGUAAAAACCCUUUACAACAUGCUGCAACACGAAAGCUCAAUAAUACGUUUUGCCUUCAAAAAGCAUAAUCUCAUAGAUAUUGUUACACAUUAUUCAAAGUCCACGAAUACUAAUUUGCAAAUAGCUUCUUAUCUAAGCUUAGCGUACAAUUAUGAUGAAGAUCAGCUAAUACCUGGGGAUAACGAAAAUAUAAUUUUUUUGGUAAAUAUGCUCGCUUCUGCUCUUGAUAAACCCUCAACAAGGAUAUAUGGUUACUCAUGUGAAGAAAUCUUAAAAGGUUUGAGACUAUUGGCAUCUAGUGAUCAAAACAGACAGUUCAUAUGCCAGUCGGCUAUACUGCAAAGCAUCCAGUGCACUAUAAAAACACUGAAAGGAAAAGUAUUAGAAGAAGUUAUACUUUUUCUAUUGAAAUUAACACUCAACUCUGGAAUAAGAGACAGAAUAAGAAGAGACUUUGGGGCCGUAUUGAAGGAUUUAGACAUAUCUUUCAAAGCGGAAGAGUCUGAAACCUCAAACAACAUAAAGAAGGCACUUGAUAGCAUUUUAUGGCAGAUGAGUCAAGAUAAAAAUUCACUAGAUUAUGAAUCCAACUUAAAUUCUUCUACGCAACCUGAACAUUUAAUGAUAAGUUAUAGUCAUAAACAGAAAGAAAUUGCAAUAAAUCUUACAAAACAUUUAAAAGAAAAAGGAUAUAAGGUAUGGUUUGAUCAAGACAAUCUGAAAUAUGCUGCAAAAACAUUUAGAAGUAUGGCUGAAGCCAUAGAAAGAUCUUAUGCUGUAUGUAUUAUAUAUUCCGAAAAUUAUAAAAAUAGCGAAUAUGCUGAAAUGGAAGCAACAUAUGCAGUUUGUUCGAAAAAACCAAUUAUUUGUUUACGUGCACAACGUGACUACAAACCAAAGGGUUGGCUUGGUCUUAUAACUGCCCGAGAAAAUCGUAUCGACAUUUCUGGAAAGUAUCCAUUUGAUGAGUACUUUUCUACUUUAUGUCGAAGAAUCGAUGAAUGCAUAAAAAUCAAAACGGACCAUUGUAGUUGAUCACGUAAGUCAUAUCAUUGAUCAGUUAUUAUUCAUCAUAAUUAUAUUUUUAAAUUAAAAGCAAUGAAACCCUAAAAGACUUUUAUAUCACAGUUGAAAUGAAAGUAUAUAUAUUUUGUAUUUUUCAAAUGACGAAGAUCAAGAUGGAAACCAGUGUAAUUUGAAAAUGAUUUUUGUUACGAACUAAAUUCAAAUAGAAAACCAUUUAGAUAUAAGAAACAUUUAACAGCUGUUUCAUUCCAGUAUUGAACUUCAAAUCAGUAAGCACUGGUAACUUAGAUACACUUAGAACCAAAAGCAUUCAUUUUUCACAGUUAUCACUGUUUUCUUAGGUCAAUCAUUUAAAAUUUAUUGAUUUUUAUUUACAGUUUAAAUCAUUUUAUGAUGAACGCGUCAACUAUCCGAUAUUGUUGGUAAGAUUUGUUUCCAUUUUGAUGUAAAUGGACAUCAUCACUUACGGGUUCCUCCUGAAACUAUGCAUAUAGCUAAUAAGUAUUGAGCAUAUAAUCUUUAGCGAUUCUAAGAAUUUUUUCAAAUUGUUAAUUUUACAGAUAAAUCAUUUAAAACCAGUGAUUACUAGACAGUUAUUUUGUUGUGAUUCCAGAAUUCUUAAAUCCGUAAACUAAAUACGCAACUGAAAUUGGAUUCAAGAUCUUGAAAUAUUAAAGCCAGAAAUUCAGCAACAAGUUUUUAAUCAACACUACUAAAAUGAGAUAUUUUUAACCGAUAUUAUCUAAAGAAAUAUAUUAUCUUUUAGUACAUUUCCACGGAAGAUCGUUUUGAUGAUUAUAUAGUAGCUUUUAAAGAUUUUAUAAUCAGAGAUGGAUGGUGACUAACGGCAGAAACUCGACAGAUGAAUAAACCUGAAUUAGAGAGCCGAUGCUCACUCUGGGACUAGAACUGUCUACCGUUCAUUUUAAACGCCAUCGCGCCAUACACUUAUUUAUUGAGUACGGAUAGCCACUAGCUUGUGCAAUGGGGUGAAGUUUAAUUCAUUUUUGGAUUAAUUGUUUGAAU